AUGGCCAAGUCUAAGAAUCACACCAACCACAACCAAAACAAGAAGGCUCAUCGUAACGGUAUUAAGAAGCCCAUCGUCCACAAGUAUCGCCCACAAAAGCAUUUGGAUGCCAAAUUCCUUCGUAACCAACGUUUUGCCAAGAAGGGCACUCAAAAGGCUCUUGCAGCUUCCAAGAACAACUAA